AGGAAACAGUUGCAGUUUGAACGUCGAUCGUGUCGCAUGUGUGGUUCUCGCGCUUGGAUCGUGCCCCUCGUUUUGCUGUGGUUACGUUUUCUUUUGGGGGGACAUCACAGAAGUGCUCUUAUUCUGAACUCAAAUAAAUCUUGUGCGUGAUCCAAAAAUAAAACCCCAGUAAAAAGGGGGACAAAAACAACAGAGCGUGCCAAGAAGAUUCCCCCUAAAGUCAAAAUCGGAAAGUGAAAAUGUUUUCGGUUCAAACAGUUAAUCAAACAUAAUGAAAAGUCUAGGGAAACGCUUUUCAAUCAACAAUAAAGCCAAGUGACAAAGAAAAAUAUCUGCGAAUGUGUUUCAAUGCGAAAGUAUCCGUCAAAAGCUAUCUGCCAAUUUGUUAUUUCGUAGCAGAUCAAAGAUUGAAAUAUCCGUAUGGGGGCCAUAAAGCAAAUCAAGUGGAAAUUUAUUUGUUAAAGGCACAGAAAGAAAAGACAAAUGAAAUGCCUGUGGCAAAAAGAAAGAGGAAACUUUUUGUAGCCAAAUGAAAUGAAAUGUACAAAAGAAAAAGUUGCAAGGAGAAAGCGAGUGGACAAAGAAAUCCGAAUGCUAAAAAUUUCAAGUAAAUAAACUGAGAAGUAAAACUACUACUAUGUAUAUGACUCAGAAAACUCUAAGGAAAAUGUGAGCGAUUCGGUUGGACACAACAAACGAACAAAAAUAAGAAGAAAAAGUACAAUUAACAUCACGAGCAAAACGCGCAAAAGACAAACAACCAAACGUAACAACACAAACGGAAUGUCCGGAAAAGUUGUAGGAGAAGUAAAAGUAGCUAAAGUGUAAGACUUAAAUUAAUACGAAAAAAAGCAACAAAAAUAGCAUCAGCAUUAGGCGGAAAAUCUCGUGUACCCCAAAAGACUCCGAAAAACAAAGUCAUGAAGUUCCGUUUAGCAUCAUUUUGGCUAUUUCUGUUGACAGCUGGAAGCGACUGUGCCAGGGGCAAUCACAAGCAAUUAAGCCUUGAUUGCUGCCAGGGGCAUGGCUAUGAACCUACAUGGGGUGUGGCGGCUGCAGCAGCAGCAGCAGAAUCAAUCCACCCACAAGACAGCGACAACAACGACAAAGGAAAUGAACUGGAAAAUGCAAUGCAAUUGCGUACAACCUCAAAGCAAAAGCAAACGGAAAGGCAAACGCAGUUUAUUGGGGACAUCACAACGGGGGCCUCAAUGGGGGCCCCAACGAGAGUAACAACCGCACACCAAUCUGCAGAGGAUGUCACAACAUUGUCGGCGGCAUCCAAAUCAAUUGGCCAUCAGGCAGUGCGACGUGCCAAGGACGCCGCUUCCAUAGCUGGAAUCCAAAAUUUGGAGCUUCAUUUAAAGCAGAGUGUGGCAAGGCUCUUCACCAGUGAUGAAGAGUCCAGCGAGGGUCCUGACGUUGAGAGUGACAGCAGGACAGCCUCAAUAUUGGUCACAGAUUCAACAGCCACAGCAGCCACAGGCCCAGCUACAGCCGCAGCCACGACGGUGACCACACAUCAUCCUGGACGGCGACAUGUGGUACCCGAUAAGCUGCAGUAUACCAAAGAGAUACAAAUCAAGCAGGGUCGCCUCAUGGGCAUUACACGUCGCUUUCAGGUCACGAGCGGCCUACGGGAGGUGGAUCAGUAUCUGGGAUUGCCCUACGCAGAAGCCCCGACAGGCAAUCGAAGGUUUAUGCCGCCAGGUGCGCCAUUGCCAUGGCAGGGCCUGAAGAUAGCUCGUCAUUUGCCCCCAGUUUGCCCACAAAAACUACCGGAUCUGACGUCUCAUGGCAGCGUCAACAUGUCACGGGCCCGUCAUAAGUAUUUGAGUCGACUCUUGCCUUACCUGCGGUCAGAGGGCGAGGACUGCUUGUAUCUGAAUCUGUAUGUGCCUCAUGAGGAACCUUUGGUUGCCCCCAAACAGUAUGCAGUGCUGGUCUAUCUACACGGCGAAUCCUUUGAGUGGAACAGUGGCAAUGCCUAUGAUGGAUCCGUCCUCUCCAGCUAUGGCGAGGUGAUUGUCGUCACAGUAAAUUAUCGUUUGGGUGUAUUAGGCUUCCUCCGACCUAGCAUUGAUGCCCAUAAUAUAGCCAACUAUGCGCUACUCGAUCAGAUAGCGGCUUUGCAUUGGAUCAAGGAGAACAUUGGCUCAUUCAAUGGCGACAAUACGCGGGUGACACUUAUGGGUCAUGGCACGGGUGCGGCAUGUGUCAAUUAUCUAAUGGUGUCGCCAGUGGCCUCAGGUCUCUUCCAUCGCGCCAUCCUCAUGUCGGGCUCUGCGAUGUCCGACUGGGCUUCAAGCAAUCAGUCUUUGCAAUUGACAAUGCAAAUCGCCCAUGCCCUAGACUGUCCACUGAGCGGCGGCGACGACCAUUUCGAUGCGGAUGAUGAGGAUGCCCUGCUCGAUUGCUUGCGCCAGCGUCGGUACCAGGAUAUCUUGCACAUACCAACAUCGCUUCAACAAUUUUCAACAUCAUUGGGUCCAAUUGUCGAUGGACAUGUAAUACCAAAUCAACCGUACAAGGUCAUGGGGCAUUAUACGGAGCAUUUCAGCCGUUAUGAUUUAUUAUUCGGCAUCACGGAGUCAGAAUCCUAUCACACACUGGCCGCAUUAGCACUCGAGGAAGGAUUACGUGAAAAUGAACGCGAUAAUUUAUUACGCUUCUAUAUGCAGAGUCGCUUUGAUGUACGCCCCGAUUUGGCAUUGGCUGCCACGCUAAAGAAAUACCAGGACAUGUACAACAAUCCGAUUAAGGCCACUAAUUUGGAGCAUCGUGAUGUGGUGCUGGACAUUCUCUCCGAUGCCCGUGUCGUUGGGCCUCUACUGCAGACGGGAAUGUUCCAUGCGGAUGUCAAUCGGCGCAAUUAUAUGUACGUAUUUGGCCAUAACAGCGCAACGGGACCGUAUGCCAACCUACCGCAUAGCAUUAUGGGCGAGGAAUUGGCAUUUAUCUUUGGUGCGCCUUUGGCUCCCGCAGGUCCUUUUCCCAGCCAUAACUAUACGAUGCAGGAAAAGCUGCUUUCCGAGGCGGUAAUGGCAUAUUGGACGAAUUUCGUAAAGACAGGCAAUCCAAAGGCGCCAUGGAAGGGUAUCUUCUUGAAUUCUCAUGCCCUCGAGUGGGAUCGCUAUGACCUCGACUGGCCAGAGUUUAAUAAGCGAGCACAGGCCUAUCUCAAUAUUGGAAUCCCACCAACAGUGGGCUACAAGUAUCGACAGAUUUAUAUGAACUUCUGGAACAAAGAGCUGCCCGAUGAACUCAAUCAAAUUGCAGCAUUGCAGGAGCAGCUGCAUCCCGGAAAUGAGGUGAUUACGGGUCACAUGAGCAAGUACGGGCCACGGGACAAUGGCGCAGAGGAUCCAGUGCGUACGCUGAAGCUCCUGCUCCAGGAGCCCAGUCUGGCCAACAGUGCGGACUCUACGGAAACGGCAGCGGAAAAUAUGUACAAUGCACCGCCCACCUUCGGACAUGUCAUGCACAAGCAGCAGCCGCAUCAGACACAGCAGGAGGAGGACUUGGAAGUUACUUCCGCCACAAAUCCAAUGGAGGACCAACCGGAGACGGUGGCCAAAUCGGAGACAACGUUUCAGCUACUAAUUGCAUUGAUAGCCUUGAUUAUUGCACUGAAUGUGAUCAUCUACGGGACUUUUCUGAUUCGACAGCGUCGCAAGAGAGCCAAAAUGUUGCCGUUUCCAGCCCCUAAACUGAACGGGAAUAUACUCAGCUACGACGGAGCCAACGAUGAUGAGCUGAAGCGUUGCAGCAAGUCGCGGGAUGGGGAUGACAGCUACAUUAUGGACAUGGCACGCAAAUCCAACACUUAUGAGGCCAUCAAAACCGGUCAGCGGUCGCCCAUCAAUGGGUAUGCGAUUCAGCGGCAGCUCAGCUGCUCGACGGUCGAUACCCACACGAAGGUGUGCGAGUGGAUGUCGGGACAGGAGCUGCCAAAGUCCGGCAGCUUUGCCACCCCCACUGUGACGACACCUCCUGCAUUGCUGGCUGAUGGCAGGAUGAUCAUCUGCCAGGAUAUUGAAGUGGCGGAUGCGGCCCUUCUGAUCCCUCAGCACAUGCACGAACCGCAGCACUACGAAAUGCUGCUCCAGCGACAGCAUUCGGCACUCACCGAGCCGAGCGACGACAUCCUUCAGCAGCAGUUGCAGCAGAUGCCACUGCACCGGCACACCCACUCGGAUCCUGUGGACAUGAUUCUGGCAGCCGAUGAGCAGGUGACAAGCUUCGUGCAUGCCGACGAUGUCGACAUUAAUGUGACGAGUCGCGAUGAGAAUUGUGGCCUGGAAGUGGCACCCCUGACGGCGGCCCAACAGCUGGAGCUCCUACGGCAGCGUAACUAUCCCAAGGUGCUGCCCACUGCCCAGGACCUAAGGGACAGCCGCGGAAGCUAUAAGCGGAACUCUCUGCCGCCGCAGAACUUCAGUGCCCCAAUGCCACCGCCGCGCACUAUUAGCAGCACUUUGGGGCGACGGCGACGUGACAGCAGCAACAUUACCACAUCGCCUCUGCAACUGGCGCAAGAUCUGGCCGGGGAGGAGGAGCCCGGAGAGCCGCAGAUUACCCAGAAUACACUAAUCUUCGGUCCCAUUGUGCCCAAGUCGCCGGCGACCUCGUUAAAGCGACAGAGACGGGUGCCUGAAGCGACAGUAACGACGACAGCAGCAGCAGCAGCAGCAGCAGGAGCAGGAACAGCGGCAGCGACGGCUGCGGCGAUGACAGCACUAAGCGGAUCCUUCCAAUCCUUUGAGUCGGUGCCGCCGACUCAUGAGACCACACCGCCGCAGGGCGGUGAGCGUACCGAAUGCAUUUACUCGAUUGAGGCGAGUCCUGGGGCGUGUCCAGGGAACGAUGGGACGAGCUGGUCAGCGCCCAAUGGCGAUUUGUAUGCGCAGCCGAUGAAAUCUCCCUCCAGGACAUCACUCAUCCCUCGCCUUACCCAGCAGCAGCAGCAGCAGCCGUCGCCACAUCAUCAUCAUCAACAGGGAGUAGCUUCAGAAGGAGAAGAGACAGCAGCAGUGCCUGGAGGAACAUCAUCAAUGCCCACCGUAACACCAACCCGCAUACCUCAAUUGCUGCAGCGUCAGGCUUCCGGCAAGGAUUUGCGAACAGCAAACACCGCAAAUCCCCUGGCAAGCCAACAACAACAACAACAACAGCAGCGAACGGACUCAACCAUAUCAUCUGGUUCGUCGGCUUCGGCGGCAUCAUCAGCAUCAUCCACAGACUCAGCCUCCACAUCGGCAUCAUCUUCCACAUCCUCAUCCUCAUCCACGAACACGGUUCGCACCGAAUUGCAGCAGCAUUGCCAGCAGACUGGCAAAAGUAUUACGACCAAUAUAUAGAAAAACCAAACACCCAGGAGAAAGCAGGGACCACCAGCCAACAGCCACCAGCCAGCAGCCAGCAGCCAAGAAGUUCUUCAAUUUAACGCCAGAGAGAAAGAGUGAGAGACAGUGUUAGAAAGGAUGAAGGUCCCGCUGUGGCCGCAUUGCGGCGGACGAGGAGCAUCUACUCCGACAGCUGCCUGCCAAAUGCCUGCCCUGGCCAGGCCCUCUCCGAAUCUCCGUCUCUCCAUUGGGGUCCACGCACACAGGCUGUCGGAAUUUUACAGAGCUUGCGUAAAUUUAAUAAUACAUUUUGGUAUAAAGUUUAUCUUUGACUUGUCGGUGGUGGCGGCGAUGGUGGUUAGGAGCUUCGACUGCAGUUCUGUGUGCCACGAAAAGAAAGUUUUCUCCCAUCGUAAAUUAGUUCCGAGAAUUGCAGACAAUUUUGCAGCAAAAUGUUGCAGUAGCAAAAGCAUAUCGAUAUAAGUGGAGAGAGUCUCAUCAAAUCAGAGUAACUUUCGAGUGAUGAAAGGAGCAUCGAAAUGGGAAAUAUCCCUGAUAGAUGGCAAAUAGAUUGGUUUAUGGAUUCAUGUGGAAAUUAUAAAUUAGAAAAUAAGUCAUAAUUUUAUACAUUACAAGUCACAGUCAUUAUUCUGAUGUAAACCAAAGCAAGGCAUCCAUAAAGUGUACAGCGUGGAGCCACUCAGCAAGUAUUAUAAGUUAAAUGUUCUUUCUAUUAAAUAAAAUUAGGUUUCUUGCUAUAAGAUAACACACACGAAAACACAUACAAAAUACUCAUCGAUGAAGCCAAUUUGCAUAUAGCUGAUUUUUGCAUUUGUUUCCCCUGACAACCGACAGAGCCAGAAAUUGCCAAUAACAAUGCCUGCAUUUUGGCACUUCCACUCCACUCCACGCCACACCACACACACAAAAGUUGUGUCAACUAUUGUUGCCGGCAAUUUACCAAACAAAAGCUGCUUACGAAAAGGCAGUUCUGCUUGGGAAAUACACUUCGAGAGGAUGCUCUGAUUUUGAGGAGAUGAAUGCAACUGUCAAGGGGCUACAUGAUUGAUUAUUUUAAUUUGGUAUCCCCACAUCAUAUACUAUUGGCUUUAUUUCCAAUCUGAUGAUCGCUCUAUACAAACUUCAAUGAACAAUGAAUGCAUCUUCGAAGUGUAUGUGUAACUUCUGCUUCUAAGUCUAGUCUUUUUUUUCUGCUUUCCUUUUAUGUGUAGCUUCCUCUAUUCUUAGUGCUUCUGCCUCCAUUACUCUCUCAGGAGCAGAGCCAAGGCAAUUUCGUGGUGACUGCCAACUUAAUUUGCCACAAAAUUUUAACAGCAGCCACUACCCACUGGAGCACUCCCUGUAGCUCUGUUGCUCUGGAGUCUGGGAGUCGCAUCAAAAUCAGUUGAAAUGUCAACAUUUCUGUAGCUACACAUAUUUCGAAUAUUUGCCAUUUCCCGCAUAGUUGUUAACUCUUUCUCCACUUGGCUGUUUCUGUUUCUGACUCGGCCACCCCGCCAUGACAUCAAAGUUGUCGCCGCCGCAGAAUAGUUGUGCGUUUUGUUGGUCCAAGCUUUAGACCAUAUCCUGCAGGAUUUACUGCCUCUGCCUCUGCCGUUGCCAUAGAUGAAAGUUUUCGGGUUUUAUGCCUUAUUCCCUUUGUGGCACAUUACGGUUUCUUUUUUUUUUUUUGACGGUUUGUUUUUUUUUUGUUGGUUUUUGCUCAGAGAUUGAGUUAUUGUGUCGUUUCGCUUUUGGGUCCCUUAUGCAAAUUGUUGUGUCUUCAAGUUGUUUCCUGCUUGUUUUGUUGUUGUUGAUUCUAUAACAUUUUUAUUGUCCCUUUACGCAGGUUUUGGCAAGGCACAAAACAUCGAAUGGCAAAGUUUGUCGCGAACUAAAAUUGAAAAUUCUACUGCCCCCAAGAAAUGUUUCCCCAGAGAGAAAGAGAGAGAGUGAAAGCGAGUGCGGGGGCGCUUCGAAAGUCGUAAUUAAAUUGUUUGCCCCAUUGGAUUGUUUUUACGCUUUUAUUUUGGCUCUCUCUUAGUUGGCCCUCUGUUGGUCCUUUUUGUACGAAUAUUUGUUUGCAUAAAUAUUUUUUUAGGGAAUGAGAACAGACCCUUUGAGCAAGCGGAACAUCGCUUACUUAAUUAUGAGAAAAGACCCCGUCUGGAGCCAACUAAUUGAGCAGCAUAACACCCGAAAAGUACUUUGCAUGCGGGGUGCUCCUAUCAGGGUUAUUUGAUCGGAAUGUUCAGAACAUAAAUUGAUAUAAUGGCCUCGAUACGAAUGGCCUCGAUACCCACUGCAAAAAGUGUCGGCAUUUGUGUGCACUUCAAAGGCAAAACCUUAUAUGAGAUCUCCAUGCGUCCAGCACUCGCUCCCGCCUCCCGCUUGUCAGCCUGUCUGUCCAUCACAGAUUGUUUUCCCACUCAAGUCUGGGCAUGCUGUUUGUAAUUUUCCUCAAUUGAAAAAUGCCUUGCGGCGCUUUACUCUUUUCUCAAGUUCUUCCCUCUGUGCUUUUCUUUCUCUUUCUCUUUCGCUUUUCUUUUUUGUACUUUCAUGCCAUGUACUCGUAUCGUUUGGUGUAUUUUCUUUUGUGGCAGGCAUUCCGUGCCGUCUGCUGAAAAGUGUAUUAAAUAGUCCUUAAAUUGAAUAAAACCAGAGAUAACUUUUGUGGCAAGUUAUAAAGUGCUAAAUGGAAGUUUGUUAGCUUGAUAUGCCGUGUAAUGGAAUUGCCAUUCCCCGUUCCCCACUUUGAUACAAGUGAAAAUUCUGGGGAAAAUGAAAAGCAAACGAUAGCAAUUGAAAAGACAACAAAUCUGUUUGCUUUUAAUGCAAUCCACGAGGGCAUGGCUAAUUCCAAAGACUUAAUCACUUCACCUCAGGGCAAAACACUUAUACACCAUUAAAUAUGUAACUUUCGAAUCAAUUUGGUAGAUAUCCACAGGGCUGAAUAAUUCAUAAACUACUAACAGAAACUAUAUUACAGACAUACUUGUGCUUGCAGAAUCAACCGCACAGGCCAAAUAGUUUGGACCCAACAAAUCAAAAGCCACAGCCACAGUAAAACCAAAACAAAAAUGAAGAAAAACCAAACUACGAGUGCGAGGAAAUUCCCAAAAGCAGCUCCACACAGUCUGCUCCUCUAAAUAUUUCCGUAAAUUUGCUGACAACCACAAAUUAGAGCAACUCAAGAGUAUAUUAAAGUCAAAUAUGCAGAGGGCUGUACUGGAACUUUCAUAACCCGAAUGUAAGAGACAACUACUCCUCGUACUGUGAAUGCCUCCAUGGAGUAUGAAAUUUCCAGAAGACUCCGACUGGCAACAAUUCAUGCAUUAAUACAUAACGUUCUGGUCUCUGAUUUGAUUUACUGUUUGGGGACUCUUGUUGUUUGGGUCAAAUAAGGAAAGGAAAAGGCAGAAACAAAUGAAAACUUGUGACAGGAAAACCAAAAAGCAAAAAAGAAACACAUAAAAUAUUUGUGUCCAAUAUUUUAUAUAUGAUUAUUUUUGUAAAUAUUAAAACUUUUGUACAAUUACGGCAAAUUGACAACGACAUGCAUAUGUGUUAUGUAUGUAUAGCGCCUCGAAACACGUUUUUUUUUAUUGGUAAUUAAGCAGCUUAAAUGCAUCAUCACUAAUUAAUGUACUUAAUAAUUAGUAUUAUACAUACGUUUAUUUAUACAUUUCCGCACCACAAUGACCAUGAAACGAAAGGAUUUGCUUGCUCUCCAAUAGCCUUAAACAAUAAACUGGUUAAACAUUCCACAAACCAAACAGAUGGGAGAACCAACAAAUAAAUGUAUGCAAAUUAUGUUUCGUUAUUUUUAUCCCCUUGACGUUUGUUUGACUUUUUAAUGAAAAUUUUAAUAAUUUAAUAGGUGCCAGACGAAAAACACAAUGGACACACAGCAAGUGUAAAUAAUUUAUAAUCCAAACAAUUAUUGUAGCAAUGUAACAUUUCAAAAAUAAAAGGGAAAAGGGAAAAGAAAAAGGUUAACUUUUG